GUUGAGUGACUUCCAAAGUAGGUUAUCAGUAACGCACUUAGCAACAUAGGUUAUGUCCCUGUGGGGGGGGCGUGUCUAAGAUGAUGUAGUGUGUGUGUGCGAUGCCUGAGCAGACCCAGAGCAGAUCGGUGGAGCUUCGAGGCAAGCUGACCGGCUGUGAAGGAAGAAGGAGACAAAAGGUGACAAGAUGAAGGCGGUCAAGAAGGCCAUUAAGAACUUGGACAAGUCCAACACAUGCACAUCACGGAUGUGGAGGCUCUUUCCUCACCUCUUGUUGUGUAUGUCUCUGGUUAUCUACGCGGUGGUGGGCGCACUUAUAUUCCAAAACAUUGAAGGACGGAACACAACCCCAAACGCGAAGUACAAGGACUUCUUAGGAGACAUUGUCCGGCAAGUCCAGAACCUCACCAACAACUCAUCAGUCACACAAAUCGUGGAGGACUUGGAGAACGAGAUGCAAAAUAAUUUCAAAACCAUUUGGCUCCAACAGCCCAGCAGGUGGACCUUCGCUGGCUCCUUGUUCUUCUGCUGCACCGUCUUCACAACCGUGGGUUACGGACACAUCUACCCUGUCACUCUGCCGGGUAAAGUGGCGUGCAUGUUGUACGCCAUGGUGGGCAUCCCUCUCAUGCUUUUGGUCAUCCUAGACGUCGGAGACUUCCUCGCCGCGCUGACAUACCGGGCGUACGUCCGCAUCCACGCCUGUUUCAAAGUCCUGCUCUCCCACACUUUGCCGUCACUGAGGGCUCGUAUGAAAACCAGGAAUUCCAGCCAGUGGACCAUGGAAGACGACGUUUUCAGCCACCAUGUCGUGGUCCGAGAAAUGCUCAACAUCCAUGACAUGCUGCAGACUCAAGUGACUGUGAAGGAAAAUUCCAUGCAGCUGGAAAAAAAUAAAGAGAACUUUGAAAAGAUCCUUGCCAGGGAAAAACUCAUUCGAACGGGACCCCUUCUGCGGAGUCUCUCCUGCCCAGAACUGAACCAAAUGCCGCCACUUCCCACUGGAUUUGCCAUUUGGGACUUCACCGGGUUAGGGGAUAGUAUGGAGCAGCUAAAUGUCCCCUUUGUGCUGAUUCUUUUCAUCGUAUUUGCGUACAUUCUCCUUGGAGGUGGGGUUAUGCCCCUUUGGGAGAAGGAUUUCGAGGGACUUGAUGCAUUCUACUUUUGCUUCAUUACGCUUACUACCAUUGGUUUUGGAGACAUAAUCCCUACUCAUACCAACUAUUUCCUGCUUACCUCGCUCUUCGUCAUCGCAGGCAUGGCCAUCAUGUCCAUGGCGUUCAAGCUCAGCCAGUCACGGCUUGUCGACUGCUACCGCAGGUUCUUCAAGGUCCUCAUGAGGGCUGGACAACUUGUCAAAUAUUAAUCAAGAUUUGGAUUUUGGCUUCUCAAGAUCAUAAAAAGAUAGUUGUAGAAAAAAACAAACGCGGAAUGUGCAUGCUAAUUCCCGAGCUUAUAACAGUGAAUUAGCGAUAUAGAGUGAGAGAAAGAAGACUGCAUCUACUGGAAGUUCGGGACCUUACAAUGUGAGUGAAAUGUUGUCAUAGUUAGGAGAAGGAACAUUUGUUUGGGAAAACAAUAACCCGAAACACUUGACUGCCCCACAACCCACCUGAUCUGCUUGUGUUGUGGUGAACGACAUCGUCGAUGUACGAUCAAUGUACAAACUGGACAUCAGUCGCAACUGUAAAAGAGCUCUCUAUUUUUUUUUCCAAGUCGUCUCUACACGUCAAGCUCGGAACAACAUCACACUUCCCCCCUUUCACAAACACAGCGCUGUGCUCAACAUCCGGUCCGACUGCGCUGACAAGACAAAGGUUUCAAAAAGGUACUUUGCACAAAAUUAACAUACUCAGAGCACUUAUUGAUAUAUUUUCAAAUUGAUAAUGCUUUGACUUAAAAUACUGGUCGGAAUUGUCGAGGGAUGUAUUGCACCAAUAAAUGUGAGAGUUUUUGCAUUGAAUUAUCGAACAAUUUUAUUAAAUGUUAUAUAUGACACAAGAAGUGUCAUAUAUAACACUUUUUGCAAA